UAAAAUUUUGUUUCCAGGAUUUAAAGGAAGCUUCCCUGAGCAGGUUACAAAUUGCCGUGCAUCGAUCAUCCACCCCGACGCCAUCCCAUUCUAUCAAAAUUGCACUACUACGUCCACAUCCUUGAUCUGUCAGGUUUCUUCAGGCAGGCUUGCACAGCGUCACGGAGCGCUCAUUGAUGACUGAAAACUUCACUAUUCCCGCGACGACCGCCCUAAGAGAGAACCAUCACCUGAUGGCAGAUGCAACAAGAACAAACACUCACCAAGUGGAGACGGAUGGUUUGAGUCACCCAAACGUCACAAAGAAGGAUGAUAUCCCAGGCGCGGUUCCGGGGCCAUCUAAGCCAUGGGGAGAAGACUUCAUCAAGGAUGUUGUUAAUAAGACUGUGGACGAAGUCAUUAGGGAUUCAGACUAUUCUCACGAAGCGACAUCGAUAUGGGUGAACCAAAUUGUAGAGAUUGUUGUGCGCUCCCUUGUCAAGGUCGAUCGAGACAACAAAUAUAUUGUCACAUGCAUGGUCGUCCAAAAUUUGAAGCAAGGCAUGCGCUCCGCGACCUCAUGCUAUUGGAGUUCCCGAACAGAUAGCGGAUACUCACUGACAAACGAACGAAAUGGUAUGUACGUCAUCACCACAGUGUUCGUUUGUCAACCAUAAUAGUUUAAUCAGCAUGAGAGACAUAUGCUCGGUACACGGAGGUAGUAUUAACCCGCAAGCUGGGUCCAAGGUAUGGAUGCUAGCAGCCUGUCCGUUAUCGUGCACAAUUGCAAUCGAAGAGGCGCCAUUUGUAGUCCUUCAAAGUUAUCGCAAGUUCUAUAUCCUUGCUGUUCGUGGUCAACUAGAUCCACGUGAAAAUCGCUGCAACCUGUUCACAGGUUUUCGUCAUUGAAUAUGUCAUUUAAUGCUAUGUGCGACUUUCUUGCUCUACCAAAACCGGAACUUUUGCUGAGCUGUUGUAAACACUUCCAUUUGAACGUUUAACCUACU